AUGGUGUCUCCAACAGAAGAAAGUGAGAUGCUGUACUGCUUCCUGCUGGUCAAAGCGGACAGACUAUUAGACUACUGCAAGAAAAGCCUUGCUGAGCCAGUGCAUGCUCAGCUACCUAAAUCCAUUUGUUUUUACUCUACUACUUGUCCUUACUAUGGAGACAGCAGCAGCAGACGAAGUCAGAGAACCGAUGUUUCAAAGCAUGAACAUGAUGGGAAUGAGCUCGGGACAACACCAGAAUUUCAGUCCCAUGUGGCAAAAAAGUUAGGAGCCUUUUUGGACGGGUGUAUUUCAGAAGUUUUUUUUGAAACUGGUGACUCAAAACCUGGUCAGUCCAAAAACAGAGAGGAAGAGGAUCAAGAAAGUUUCCAUCUCUUCUCCACAUCCGCUCCUGGAAAUUGGAUGGAGGAACCACUUCCUCCACCUCCUAAAAGGAGACCAAUUCCCAGCUCUAGUGACAGUGACAGUGAGAUGGAAAUGAGGUUUAGAGAAGCUGCUGUGUCUGUGUCAGACAUCCUCGCCUCUGCAGCCCAACUUGCAGCGAAAACUGAGGAGAAAAGUACAACAAAAGAGUCAGCAGAGGAAAGCACCGUCACGAAGAAAAAGAAGAAAAAAAGAAAGGCAUCCACAGAGAGAAGGGAGGAGAACAUUACCCAAGUAUCAGAGAAACAGUCUAAUAGAGAAGGAACAGAAGAGCAAACAACUGUGGUGGAAAAUUUGACAAAGAAAAAAAAGAAGAAACGGAUAAAGUUAGAGGAGGGCAGAAAGGACUGUGAUGAAUGAAAGGCUUUAUUUGAAGUAAUAGACCUCAGUCAUGGUAGCACCAUAUUUAAUUUGGACCGGAAUAAAAACGAGACUGUGAGGAAGUGCUGUGCGUUUAAUGGAUUGUACUGUUGUUUAAAAACAGUGUUCGGCUGCUGAAACGUCUUUCUGAAACAAAUUCAAUAGACAAAAACUCCAUAAAACAGUUUUGAAAGUUUUUAAGAGUUGUGAAAAUUGUGAUCUAGGACCUUUUGCACAGACUUGUUUUCAUCAGCGUAAAAUUCAAUAUGGUGAUUAACUUGACUAAGGUCUAUAAUACUCUAAAUGCUGUUCUUGAUGUUUGUAUAGUUUUUUUUAUGACAUUCAUUGUGUUCUAACAGUUGACUGUGAAAUUUAGAGAAAGCUCUAAAUUGACAAGAAAUGGGUUUUCAAGCUAUAAAUCCCCCCAAACAUCAAUAAACUCUUUAUUUUGCCAUUUUACUA